AUGGAGGUCGAUCCCGACACCCUGCUCGAGUGGUUGAGCCUGCCGGGUGACACUCAGCUGAUCGCUUUGGAGCAGCUCUGUAUGCUCCUGCUGCUCUCUGACAACGUGGAUCGUGUCUUCGAACACCAAACCCCAAAUCUGCCCGGCUUUCACCCCGCCGCGCUCCUGACUGUUAGAUGUCCACCCCGCCGCUUCAUUCCCGCACUCUGCAACGUACUGCGCAAUGACGAUUGCCCCAUCAACAUUCUCGAAGCCACCAUGCGUGCGCUGACCUUUUACCUUGAUGUCUCUGGUGAUUGUGCACGUCGUGUGGUGGGUGAGGAAGGCGCUGUCGCCAACAUCUGCCAGCGGUUGGGCUGUGCCGAGCUCCUUCAACCCAGCAGCCGUGACCUGGCUAUUCAAUGCAUCAAGGUUCUCGAGCUCAUUUCGAAUCGAGAUGCAGACGCCGUCUACCAGGCUGGGGCUCUGCGCAGCUGCCUCACCUUUGUCAUGACUGGAAAGGAGAUUGUCUUUAAGGACGCCAUCAACUCGGCCAUGUCGGUCGUUACCAAGUGCUGCAGCCGCCUGUCUGCGGCUGAUGCCUUUGUCGCUGACGCCAUUGCCCACUUUACCCUCCUGCUCAACGAGGACCCCGACUUUGUGCCACGUGUCCUGCCAUGUCUGGCCGCCAUCGUUGACAAAUUUCAGCGCGAGAAUGCCGACUUUGAUAUUCUGGUCGGCAGUGGCAUGGUCACCAUCCUUAUCGAGCUUCUGAAUCGCUCGGCGCCCCAGCCCGACCUUGAUAGCUCAGCCGUUGGGCCUGGCAGUGAUUCCGAUGUGCCACAGGCCCGCACCAUCGUCGGUCUUCUUCUGGCUCUCGCCCGCGCUUCGCCUCAAGUGACCCGGCUCCUGCAGGCUUCGCCCAUUCUGCCCACUGCCGUGGCAGCCUGCCUGUGCCGCAACGACCGCCUGGCAGCCGAUGCCAUCGAUCUUGUUGAGCUUCUGUUUGUUGUCCUCUUGGAAGGUCGGGGCGCGCUUCAAAAGCUGCGGCAAAAGCGUGUCAUUGCGCUUGGAGGCCGCGAUGCCAGCCUCCGCUCCGUCAUUGAGCACAUCCGUAACAAGGACACGGGUGCCGUGCUGGAGGCGGUGGAGGGUGGCAUUGACCCCAAUUCGACCGAUGAGGUCGGGCAAACUCUCCUCAACUGGGCCUCGGCCUUUGGUACCAACGACAUGGUCGAGUUUCUGUGUGAGAGCGGCGCCGAUCCCGACCGGGGCGAACGCUCGUCGUCUCUACACUACGCAGCCUCCUUUGGGCGACCCCAGAUUGUGCGUCUCCUUCUCCGCUACAAUGCCAGCACCGAGCUCCACGACGAUGCCGGCAAAACCGCGCUUGAGCGCGCUCGCGAGAAACCGGAUGACGCGCAUGGCGAAUGCGUUGCUCUGCUAGAAAAUCCCGAGGCCCACCGCGACGGCGACGAUGAGGACGAGGACGAGGAAGAGGAGGACCAGGAGGCUGAGGUGGCCCGCCCCGCCGGUGGAUCUGAUGCCUUGGUCAUCGGCGCAUCUUCCCGCACACGCGCGGACUCGGAGCACACCUCCAGCGCAGGCCCUACUGGCACAGCCGUCUCAGGCACCGGGCGGGAAGAAGCUGCCGCCUUUUCCGGCUUUCACGAGCAUCCGGAUACGGCCCAGGCCUUUUUGGAGGGCAUGUUGCCUGUUGUCUGCCAAGCCGUUUCGAGUGUGCAAGACGCGGCCUUGCAGUCAUCGCUUCUACGCCAACUGAACAAGGUGGCCACGACCAUCCCCAAGCCCAUGCUGGAGGCCCUGGCUCAAUCAGAGGCCCUGGCCCUCGAGCAGGCCAUCAUCCCACUGCCCGACAUUCUGCAGCAGGACAAUGGUUGGCACUUGCAUCAGGCCACCACCUUUCUGCAAACGCUCAUGUCGCGCCUUGACGAUCGUGUUCGGGACCAUCUCCUACGCUUGGGUAUCGUGCCGUUGCUACAACAGCUGGCCGCCAAGCAGGCCACCGAAACGGAGCCCGUUUCCGUGGCCCAACCCGGCAUGAAGCUUGAAGCCCGUCACCCGACCUUGGGUGGCUUCUACGCGGCGACACUCCUCGCAACCAACUCAGCCCUCUACGAUUCGUGGCACGUCCGUCUCGACGGCAGUGAGCACCAGGAGCAUGACUUUUGGACGCGGCCCAUGUCCGAUGCCGUCCGACCCCUGGGCAUGAGCCAGGCGCGAGGCCAGACCCUGCAACUGCCCGAGGUUGACGGCGCUACACCAUCGUCAUGGCAGGCCUACCUCGAGGCCACCGCAGCUCAGUCCAUUCCUGCCGAAGCCUUUGACCGUGCCACCGCUGUCAAAGAAAAGGACGCUCGAAAGCGGCGCGAAGCCUACGGCAUUGCGGCCGCCAUCUGCGAAGCCUACUUCAGUGAUGCCGACUCAAUGCGCGCCGUGGUCAAGCGCCUGCAGCAGCUUGGUAACCGCCUCGUCACCAUGACCAAGGCCACGCCCAAUGGCUGCGUCACGCCUGCCGAACCUUCAAGCCCACAAGCCAGCAUGCACGAUAGUCUGGGCAUGACUUUUGCCCUCGACCGGCAGCUUUCCGUCAAUUCGCAAAUGGCUCUUCAACGCAAAGUCGACAUGCAGGCGUGCCUGGCCAAUCUUCGCACCCUGCUUUUGGACGAAUCCAUCUCCGCCUUUGAGCUGCUGCAAGCUAAGCUAGUUCCGCGUUGUGCUGUCCAACCGUCUUGUAUCGCCCUCUCGUCAUCUCGACUGUUGGAAUUUGCCGACGCGCAGAAUCUGUUGUUCUUCUUGCAACACGAGUCUCAAGACAUGGCUGUAUCGCGCGUGGAUGCUGCUGCCGACCGUAACAUGCGCUGCGAGUUGUUCAAGCUGGCGUUUGCGGUGCCGGUGGAUGUGGCCCCGGAACGCAAUCCUUUGCGUACGCUAGUGCUCAAGGUGAUUGACGUGCUGGAGCACACUGAGUCCCUUCCAAUUCUUCUUCACGAAAGUCCUGGGAGUGGACAUGGUCUUCAGGUGCUGCAAAAGCGGCUCAAGUUUAAGUUGCUGAGGGACCCGCGAGACGAGACACUGCUGGACUUGACUGGCAACGCUUUCAAGAUGGAGCCACUCGCGACGGUGCAGUCGCUGAUUGACUUUCUUGAGCCCAAGGUCCAGAAGCAGUGGUGCGACUUUCCGCGGCCUGAGAUCUCCUUUGUACAACGACUGGUGGGCGGCGAGCGUGUUGUUUGCACCUAUCAGAGCGAUUUCGAUGAACAAGGCGUUCUUUACUGGAUCGGAACCAAUGGCUUGACCGCCAACUGGAUCAAUCCCAGCAAGGUGGCUCUCGUUUUCAUCAAUACCUCGUGUGGCCGCAAGGACUCUUGGUUUUCCAUUGACUUGGGCAUCUAUGUGAAGCCAACCUGUUAUACGCUGCGACAUGCACGGGGCUACCACCGCAGCGCCCUCCGUGACUGGGAUUUUCAGGUGUCUGAGGACGGCGACACGUGGACAACCAUCCGUGAGCAUCGUGGCGACACUGCCUUGGAUGAGCCUGGCUCAACAGCUACCUUUGAGGUCUCAGCACCCGAACAUGCAACAGGAUGGCGGCACUUUCGCAUCUUUAUGCGAGGGCCGACGGCCAAUAGCAACACGCAUUACCUCUCCUGCUCUGGCUUUGAGCUCUACGGCACCAUCACCGGCGCCAGCGAGGUUUCUUUUGCCAAAGCCGUAUUGCGCGAAGAGCGCAAAGUGUAUGCUCUCCAGCGCCAUGCAAAGAAAGCAGCCGCCAAAUUCAAAAUCGGGACGCGUGUCAAGCGCGGUCCCUGCUGGAAGUGGGGCAAUCAGGAUGGUGACCCCCCGGGACCCGGCACUGUGACGGGCUUGCCCCGUAAUGGCUGGAUCGACGUCAAGUGGGAUGCUGGCUGCAGCAACUCGUAUCGCGUGGGUGCGGACGACAAGUAUGAUCUCUUGCCACUUGAUGAUGAGGCUCAUAACGAUGCUCCAGAUGAUUCCGACAUGAGAACAGCGCCUGCAGCGUCCAGCCAUGAGGCAGCUACCGCCACUGGUGCUGCCAGUGAUCCGGCACAGGAAACAACAGAGAUGUCCACCGUAGCGGACGCACUCGUACAGGACAUGGUGUUUGAUAUGUCAGCGGACGGUGAGGGCAUGGAUGACGAUGGCGACGAUGACGACGACGACGACGAUGACGACGAUGAUGACGAUGAGGACGAUGCCAUGGAUAGUGGCGAGGAUAGCUACGGGGCGCUCGCCCAUGUGUUUGGUGCACCGCGCAGUGCAGCCAUGGCUACGACCUCGGGUCAUAUGGAGGAAGAUUCCGUGCUGGAGGGACUAAGGGACCUUGAGGCCGGCUUUGCGCAUGACGCCUUCCCCAUGAGCACGCCAUCCCGUUUAGGCGCACAUCGGCGGUUGCUUGAGCUGAUGCGGAAGCGGGAUACUAUUGCAGCAUCUCCUCGCACGCGUGAGCUGUCCUGGGAUGAGAAUUUUGUGUUGAAGCGCCAAUUUUCUGCGCUUGUUCCAGCCUUUGAUCCUCGUCCCGGCCGCCACAACGUGUCGGCCACAACCGAUCUUCGCGUGCCUCCCCCAGGCUCGCCCACAGAUUCUUUCGCGGCGCGAACCAUGCGCCGCCGACAAGAGCAGCGCAUCUGUCUGUUUUUGGUUGAUUCGGAAGCAAAUGGAGACCCCGAGACACUCCGCGAGAAUUUGACUCCGGAUCACAUGCACCGUUUGCCAUCUGACUCGACCAUCUUCCGCGCCAUCCAGCGUCAUUGGGGCCGUGGUACGUGGGUCGCUGGGUCGCUGGGUCAACUUAGCCUGUGGAACCAGUCUUCGACAGCCCUUUGCCUCACGCCUGCUGGUUUUGGUUCGUUUGACGCAGACAAUUCAUCCGACCGUUUGAAGCGCACGUGGGAGCCCACUUACACGAUCGUGUAUCGCAGCGAGAGCGUGGCUCCCGAAGCGAUGGAUGAGGAUGGUUGGGAUCUCCAGUCAGUACGAGCACGGCUGGAGGCGGGCGAACUUAAGCGCGCGGAUGUGUUUGCAUACCUGCAGAGCAAGGCAAGCGUGGCCUGGUUGAGGCUGUGGAACCUCAACGACCAGCUCACGAGCCAACAGGUCAAGGGUUGGUCCAUCAAGCAAGUGGUAGCUGCCUUUAAAGACUUUUUGCAGACUCGCACACAAGGCGAGGAUGCCGUUGAUCCAGACGCCCCCCGCCCACCACCACUUAAUGUAUCUGCCUUCAACGCCGAAGCUUUGCUGGCCGCCACCUCAGUGGCGGUUGCCGACGACACGACCACCCCGGCGUUGCAGCUGAUUGAAUUCCUCUAUGACAUGAUGCAGGCGGCCGUGGUGGAGGAGUUCUCGGGUGCCGGAGAGGCCGCGACGGAUACUUUUGCCCUGAACGUGGACAAGGCUGACUUUGUGAGCCAUCGCCUGACCUCAAAGCUGCGCCAGCAGUUGAUGGAUCCCAUCGUCCUGGCUUCGGAGGCCUUGCCCGAGUGGUGCGAGGAGUUGACGACGCGUUGUCCAGUUCUCUUUCCACUUGAAGCGCGCCAGCUUUACUUUAGCUGCACGGCCUUUGGCGUGUCUCGCGCCAUUGCUUGGAUCCAGUCCCGACAGGACGAUGCGCGCGGUCGACAAGAUGCCGCUGAGCAUCGCAUCGGCCGUCUUACACACGAGCGCGUUGUCCUGCAGCGCGGCGACAACUUCUUUGAAUGGGCGUGCAAUGCCUUUCGCCUGCACGCAGACCACAAAUCCAUUCUUGAAGUGGAGUUUGAAGGCGAAGAAGGUACCGGUUUAGGUCCAACCCUUGAGUUUUACUCGCUCAUGGCAUCGGAACUGCAACGCAAAGACCUUUGCCUUUGGAUUUGCGAAGAUGCGCUUGGCGCAUCAGCUCGCACCGUUGAUCUCGGCACGGGCAACAAGCCGCCUGGCUACUAUGUACAACGCAGCAACGGUCUCUUUCCCGCACCGCUACCGCAGACGGGCAAGCUGAUUGAUUCCGUGUGUGAGCGCUUCUUCGUAUUGGGCAUCUUCUUGGCCAAGGCACUGCAGGACGACCGGCGCAUCGAUUUGCCGCUUUCCCGCUCUUUCUGCAAGCUGUUGGUGGGCAAGGAGCUUGUCUUUAGCGAUCUCUAUGACGUAGCGCCUGAGCUCGCUACGACGCUUCGUGUCCUGGAGGUAUGUGUUUGUCUCUCCUCAGACAUGGAGACUGCAUCUGCUUUCAGCACAAUGUGCACGAGCAUCCAAUUGUUCGAAUUGUGCAUUCACCGAUCGGCCGAGGAACAGGGCGUGGCUGCGCAAAAGCGAUUGAUCGACGCUGAAUGUGAAGGGGAUACGGAGGAACGUGACGCUGCAUACGAAGAGCUGACAUUCAUGUGGCCUGACACAAACACGGCCGUGCGCGUCAGCGACUUGAGCUUGAGCAUGGUGUACUCGCCCUCGUCCACUGUUUUUGGCCUUGCAGAGAUUCCUCUUAGGCCGAACGGCGAAGAUGAAGACGUGGCACUCCAUAAUCUAAGCGAGUACAUUGAGCGACUGACGGCUUUUGUGCUGCGCGAGGGUGUGGCCCGCCAGCUCGAGGCCCUUCGUGACGGCUUUAAUUCCGUGUUUCCCAUUGAGAAACUGGGUAGCUUUACUGCCGACGAGAUCCCACACGUGCUGUGCGGUGACCAGACAGUCGAUUGGAGCUUCGAUGAGCUUGUGACCAACACCCUGCCGCGCCACGGCUACCACACGGAUAGCAAGGGGUAUCUGAAUUUCCUUCGCGUCUUGACUGAGCUGACCCAAGACCAGCGCAAGGCCUUUUUGCAAUUUGCCACAGGGUGUCCGAGCUUGCCACCGGGUGGCAUCAAGAACCUGCACCCACAAAUGACCAUCGUGCGCAAGUUGGCGGAAACCGGUGCAGAGGAUGACAUGUUUCCUUCCGUCAAUACAUGCGCCCACUACGUCAAGCUGCCUGAAUACAGCAGUGCCGAGCUCUUGCGCGAACGCUUGCUAGUGGCCAUCACAACGAAGGGGUUCCACAUGAACUAAUGCGCGUGAACCAAGGCUUUGGAGGGCGAUGAUGCCGUGCGUCCUCGCCUUUCACUCGACGUGUAGAUCUAGCCUUUUUCCCUUGGCACUCGCAUUGCUGAUUGAUUUUUCGUGUCGUUUGCACUGCGGCCUUUCAGUUUGACGGAUUCACAGUCCUUUCAAAGAAGCACUCUGCAUCUGUUUAAAUUGCAGGCAAAAC